CCCCGACCACCCACACCCACGCCGGCAGAAAAAGGCUCAAAGAGAAGCCGCCCCAGCGAGCGACUGCUCCUAUAGUCCUAUAAGACCUCGCCUUCGCCUUCGCCUUCACCACCCGACCCGAUCCCCACCUCCAUCUCUUCAGAUGACCUAGCUAGGCUAGCGUCCGCUCGCAUGGAUUCAUCACCAGCGGCUGCGCCGUCGUCGUCGUCGUCGUCGUCGAUGCUGCUCCGGGACAACUCCUAGAACGUGCUGCCGCUUUUAGCCUUCCUCCGCUUGACCGACCGCCCGCGCGCGCGCUAGCUUAUGGUGAUGGCCAGCAGCACGGGCCUGAACGUGCCCGCCGGAGCCGGUGGGGACGGGGUCGGGAACCCGACUGCGGCGGCAGCGGCAACGGAAGAAUGCCGGCUGCGGAGGCGGCGGCGCCUAGAGACGCAAGGAUCCGGCGAGGCGGGACCGAGCUGGGUGCGGCGGCUCCGGCCGGCGGCGGGCUCCCGGUUCUCGCCGUCGUCAUCGUCUUCGUCGUCGGCGCAGGAGGAGGAGGCGGACCCGGACGUCCAGGAGAUGGAGCUCGCGCCGCUCCCGCCGCCGGCGGCGGCGGGGGUGGGGGUGGGGGUGGUACUGCAGCCGCAGCCUGAGCCUGAGCCUGAGCCUGAGCCUGAGGCGCCGCCUGUCGCCGCCGCCGUCGCCGCGCAGCGGGUGUGGCCCCUCGCGUUCGGCUCCGUCACCAUGGCUGGCCGGAUGCGUAUCAUGGAGGACACCGUCUCGCUUCACCCCAACUUGUGCUACUGGCCCGCCGACGGCUCCCCGAUCCACUUCUUUGCCGUCUUCGACGGCCAUGGCGGCCCCCAUGUGUCAGCGCUGUGCCGCGAGCGGAUGCACGAGUUCGUGGCCGAGGAGCUAGCCAAGGAAGGAGCGGCGUUCCUGCGUCGCCGGCAGGCGGCGGCGGCGGCGUCGUCGUCGAGCGUCGCCGCCGCGGCGCCAUGGUCGGACCAGGCGGAGGAGGAGCGCGCGUGGCGGGCCGCGCUGAUGCGAAGCUUCCGCCGCGUCGACGCCAUGGCGCCGCUGGCGUGCGCGUGCGGCCGCGUCACCGUCACCCGCCCCACCCCCUGCGGAUGCCCGCUCUCCGUCUCGGCCGCCUCCGCCUCCGCCGCCGCUGCAGCUGCCCGCCGCAACAACGGCAUCGUCGGCUCCACCGCCGUCGUCGCCAUCCUCGUCCGUGGCCGUCUCGUCGUCGCCAACUGCGGCGACUCCCGCGCCGUCCUCUGCCGCGGUCCCCAAGGGACGCCGCCCGUCCCGCUCUCCUUCGACCACAAGCCAAAUCGGCCGGACGAGAGGGCGCGGAUCGAGGCGGCCGGCGGCCAGGUGGUGUUCAUCAAUGGUUACCGUGUGCGUGGAAUCCUCGCCAUGUCGCGCGCAAUAGGGGACAGGUUGCUGAGGCGUGAAGGAGUGAUCGCUGAGCCGGAGAUCACCAUCACUGAGCGGACGGUGGAGGACCAGUGCCUGAUCCUGGCGAGCGAUGGGCUAUGGGACGUGAUGGACAAUUUCAUCGCCUGCUAUGUCGCCCGCCAGUGCCUGGAGGACGGGAACCCGCCUCCCGCCGCAGCUGCAGGAGGAGGAGGAGGAGGAGCUCCUCCGGCCGCCGGCGGAGUCGUCGGCCCCCAGGAGGAUCCCCGGUGCGUCGGAGCCGCCUCGCUCCUGGGCAGGCUCGCCCUUGGCAGGGAGACGGAGGACAACAUCAGUGUCAUCGUGGUUGACCUGAAGCACAGGCAGUGAGUGGUGCGCUGUUGCCAUUUCUGAUCCUGAUGAAGCAGUCCGAGUCCGUUUCUGAUCCUGCUUUCCUGCAGUGCAUCAGUUUAAUUAAUCGUCUAGACCUGACAUUUCCUUCGUUCUUUCGAUUCUAAGACAAGAAGAUUCUAGUUGGUUUUUUUUCUCUCUUUCUUUCUUUCGGUUAAACAUGUGUGGAGAGAAAGAAAGUGGAUGGAAGAUUGCCGUCCUUAAGUUAAAUUAAAAGGACAAAAAAAGAGGAAAAAGAAACAUGGAAAAGAGAGCAAUUGUACAUAGUAAGUAUGGCAUGAUGCUGGCAUUUAUGUGCAUUAUUCAUAGUA